UGAAAGCUUUGACUGACCGGAAACGGAUUAGUUAUCCAGAAGGCUAAGCGAGGAAAAACUAGCUACGGUUGCAGUUUGAUGUGAUAACUUACAUAAAAUAAGGGAGGAUGAGCAGCUCCGAAGAGGUCUCCUGGAUAUCCUGGUUCUGUGGACUCCGAGGGAACGAGUUCUUCUGUGAGGUUGAUGAAGACUACAUACAGGACAAGUUUAACCUGACGGGUUUGAAUGAGCAGGUGCCUCACUAUCGGCAGGCUUUGGACAUGAUUCUUGACCUGGAGCCAGAUGAGGAACUUGAAGAUAACCCCAAUCAGAGCGACUUGAUAGAGCAGGCAGCAGAGAUGCUCUACGGGCUCAUACAUGCGCGUUACAUCCUCACCAACCGAGGCAUUGCACAGAUGUUGGAAAAGUACCAACAAGGGGAUUUUGGCUAUUGCCCCAGAGUCUACUGCGAGAAUCAACCAAUGCUUCCUAUUGGUUUGUCAGACAUCCCCGGAGAAGCAAUGGUGAAGCUUUAUUGCCCAAAGUGCAUGGAUGUUUACACCCCCAAAUCCUCCAGACACCACCACACAGAUGGAGCCUACUUUGGGACAGGGUUCCCCCACAUGCUGUUUAUGGUGCACCCAGAGUAUCGUCCGAAGCGACCAGCCAACCAGUUUGUGCCGAGGCUCUAUGGUUUCAAAAUUCACCCAAUGGCUUAUCAACUGCAACUUCAGGCUGCGUCAACUUUCAAGAGCCCGGUCAAGACAAUUCGCUAGAAAACCGCUUUGAGCAACAGACACACACACACUGGACUCAGACUUUGCUGUAUACUACUUGAAGGAAUGGAUCACAUAUCCAACAAAUGCCUGUACAGAUUCCCAAACUCAGUGAAACAGUGAGGCACACUGUGCAGUGGGGGCCAGUUAUUUCUUUUCUGUAUUAAAAUAUUUAACUAAUU